AUGGGGUUGCAUCAAGGAUCUGCGUUCAAUCCGUUCUUAUUUUCCCUGUUGAUGGAUGCACCGACACACCAUAUUCAAGGGAAGGUGUCAUGGUACAUGUUAUUCGCUGAUGAGAUAGUUCAAAUUGAUGAGACGCGAGGCGGUGUUAACGAGAGGCUGGGGAUUUGCAGACAAACCCUUGAGUUUAAGGGUUUCAAGUUGAGCACGACGAAGAUAGAAUACCCGGAGUACAAGUUCAACGCCGAGUUGAGGGAAGUGGGCAUGGACGUGAGGCUUGGAUCACAGGUCAUCCGCAAGAUAGGCAGUUUCAAUAUUAAGCCUUAUUUACUUGUUAUUAUUAUGGUGGUCAUGCCAUUAGAGGUGGAGGUCAGCCAGGGAGGGGCUAUCCGAGAGGCGAAGGAUGGUAGUGUGAUUGGCUACGCGUCUCGGGAGUUGAAGGUUCAUGAGAAGAAUUAUCUUGUUCAUGAAUUAGAGUUGAUAGCCAUUGUUUACGCGAUGAAGAUUUGGAGGCACUAUAUGUACGACAUUUAUUGUGAGGUAAAGUAUGAACAUCAGAAACCGGGUGGAUUGAUUCGGAGAAUGGAGAUACCGGAGUGGAAUUGA